AUGGCGACCACGCACCGGCUCCCGCCGAGGCCUCAGCCGCUGCAGGUCUCGUCGGCCAACGGCGGCAGCCGCCCCAACUACAUCAUCUUCAUGCCCGACCAGCUGCGCUACGACUCGCUGGCCUGCACCGACGCGCCCACAGGUGACGGCAAGCUCCUGCGCACGCCGCACAUCGACGGCUUCCGCGCCCGCGGCACCUUGUUCACAAACUGCUACACCCAGGCCUCGGUCUGCUCCCAGUCGCGCUGCAGCAUCUUCACGGCCACCUACCCGCACGUCAGCGGCCACCGCAGCCUCAACAACCUCAUCAAGCCCUGGGAGCCCAACCUGUUCCGCAGCCUCAGGGAAGAGGGCGGCUACCACGUCGCGUGCCUUGCGCCUAGGGGGGACACGUUUGCGCCCCACGUCACCGAGCUAAGCCUCGACGAGUACGGUUUCCUCGAGACCCCAGAGUUCAUGCCGAGGUUUGGCAAAGGCCAGCAGAAGCUCGAAGCUCCGCCCGAGGACAUCUUCUCGCGGCUCUUUUACAAAGGCUUGCGGAAGCGCAACGCAACCGAAAACAACAACAACGAGGAUGGUGAGGACGACGACCCGGCGAGCGACCUGCAAAACAUCAUCGACUACGACGAGGCCGUCAUCCGGUCCGCAGAGCAGUGGCUCGACUGCCCGCCCACUGACAAGCCCUGGGUCCUGUUCAUGCCCUUGAUCUUCCCGCACUGCCCGUUUGCCGUCGAGGAGCCAUACUUCAGCAUGUAUGACCGCACCCAGCUCUCCUCCCCCUUAGCCACGUCCAACCCGGCCGCCAAGACGGGCUACGAGCCACGAUACAUGGCUGCCAAUCGGGCCCGAUACGGCACGGACCGCGCGACCGACGAUGUCUGGCGCGAGGUGAAAGCCACGUACUACGGCAUGAUCACGCGGCUGGAUGACCAGUUCGGGCGCAUUCUGCGCAAGGUCGACUCGGUGCCGGGCCUAUGGGACGAGACAGUGACCAUGUUCUUCACCGACCACGGCGAGUACCUGGGCGACCACGGCAUGAUUGAGAAGUGGCCGUCGGGCCUGUCCGACGCGCUUGUACGUGAGCCUUUGAUCAUCGGCGGCGCGGGCCUGCCGCGGGGCAAGACCGUCGCCGCGAUGACGGAAAUGGUCGACCUGUGCCCGACCAUGUUCGAGAUGAGCGGCAUCGGGGAGCACUUCCCGCACAACGGCAAGUCCUGGAUCCCUGUGCUCUGCGGCGAUGCGACCGAGCACAAGCCCUACGCCUUCUCCGAGGGAGGGUUCCUCACCAGCGAGGAGCCCCUUCUCGAGCAGGCGCCCUACCCGUACGACAUCAAGGCCGCCCUACAGCACGAGGACACGGAGCUGGUCGGCAAGGCCGUGAGUCUGCGCGACAGGGAAUGGGCGUACGUGUACCGGCUAUACGAGCCUGCAGAGCUGUAUCAUCGGCAUUCUGACCCGCACGAGCUGCACAAUCUGGCUGCGGAGGCGGAGCACAAGGAGCGGGUGGACAAGUACGAAAAGGUCAUGAUGAGGUGGCUGAUGGAGGGCAGCGAUUUCGUGCCGUGGGAGAAGGACGACCGGUUUCCAAAGGUCGAGCUCAAGAGCCCAAAGGAGCAGCUAGAGGAGAGGCAGCGGAAUGGCGGCAAGACGGCGGCUGUUGCGUAGUGAGACCAUCAAGGCACAGCAGGUAUCAAGGCACAAAUCCAAUAGGCGAAACUCGCAAUUGAUCCAUGUUUGUCAGUAAAUUUCGUGCGAGCUGGAUGGGCGCGGUGGGGGACAUUACCCCACGGGGUCACGCAAGAAACCGGAGGAACAAAACAGCGCGAGUCAGCAAUCACAGGU